AUGUCAAUAAUCAGCUUAAUUUCCUGCGAAUAUCAACAGAACAAUCGUACUAGUCUAAUGGCUACAAGCGCUGUGAGAUACAUUGGAAAUGAAGCCAGGAUGUCUCAUCUUUCGAGAGGUGUACUGGUGUAUCUUCUGUCAUAUUUUGCUUUUGUAAUGUCUGGUACCAAUGAUGCGUUUGCUAACUUCAGACUUACCACGAUUAUCAACGAUAGAUGUGACAAAUCAUUAAAACUGGAGACGCGAUCUGUUAAAUUUUGGGAGUGUGCUUUGUGGUGUGGUAGAGUAAAAGACUGUAGAAGAUUUCUGCACUCUAAAAAUAAUUUGAUGUGUACGUUAUAUUCUGAUGGUAACAAUUGUAUUGUAAAUGGUGAUUCUUCUGGAUAUCGGUGUAUGGUGAAGUAUUUUGGAUGUUUUGCUGAUAAAUGUACCUGUCCUCGAGGUUACUAUGGUGAUAAAUGUACACAAAUAGCUACAGACUGUAAAGAUUAUGUGGCAAGAGGAUUUGGAGAAUCGAAAACUGUUCUUACAAAUAUUCAACCAGAAACAUCCCCCGAACCUUUUGAAGCACUUUGUUACCUUUCAUCAUCAGCAUCUCUUAGUAUACUUACACGUGCAGGUUCCUGUAAUAAGGGAAACUUUAACCGCAGUUUGCAUGAGUAUGAGGUGGGAUUUGGAAAUGUACCAUGGAAUGGAUGGUUAGGAUUUGAUAAGAUACUUCCAUUGGUGAACAAACCAAAUACACGAACGAAAUUAGAUGUAUAUAUUACUACCACUAGUGAAAAAUGCCAAAUGUCAUACACGCUAUUUUCGAUUGGAAAUUAUUCAAGUCAGUAUACAUUCUACGCUGACGCAUUUGGAAUAACGAAUCGUUUUUGUGGCGAUUCGAUUAUGGGGAGCAAUAGUACGCUUAAUGUAACAGGUAGGCCUUUUUCAACGUUCGACAGCGAUUUGACGGGAUUCGAUUGUCCAAAGACCUUAGGAGGAGGAUGGUGGUUUGCUGAUGAUAGCCGAUGUUCUGACAGUUUUGGUACUGGAGGUGCCAUGUCACAUAUCUAUUGGCGAAAUACGUUACAAAACCAAAAAAUUAACUCACUGACCUUUAAAAUUUCUUAUUAUUAA